GAAGCUCCGCCCCUCACCAUCGCAAAUCUGUGUGUGUGUGUGAGAUGAGCUGAAAUCCAUCCGGACCGUGUGCAUGAAGAGUGAGGUCCAAAAACAACACAGUCCAGCUCGAGUGUCGCUUCGAUGAUGGCCGCGGCUAUGGAGAGAGGAGGAGUCCGGGCCGCCUUCAUGAAUCCGGGUGUCGGCGUACCCGCGGCCGCUCCCGCUGCGCCCGCAGGAUCCGUCAUGGCUGGUGCCGCGGGUUCGGGCUCGGUGGGUUCGGCUCCGAUCAUGCCCGUGCCAAUGAAUCUGUUCGCGACGUGGGAAAUUGACCGCUCGUCUCCGAGCUGCGUUCCGAGGUUGUGUAGUCUGACGCUGAAGAAGUUGAUGGUUCUGAAGGAGUUGGAUCGUGAGCUCAGUUCUGUGGUUAUUGCUGUUAAGAUCCAGGGUUCGAAGCGUGUCCUGAGGUCAAACGAGUACAUGCUCCCACCCAGCGGCCUCAUGGAAACAGACCUGGAGCUCACCUUCUCCCUACAGUACCCACACUUCCUGAAGAGAGAUGCCAACCGGCUGCAGGUCAUGCUUCAGAGGAGGAAACGCUACAAAAACAGAACUAUUCUGGGUUACAAGACGCUGGCCGUUGGUGUUAUUAAUAUGGCUGAGGUUAUGCAGCAUCCCACAGAUGGAGGACAGAUUCUAGGUCUUCAUAGUAACGUGAAGGAAGGUCCGGUGCGUGCGGCUGAGCUGAGUGUUUUUUCAUUAUCCAGUCAACCUAUUGACCCGGAGGACGGCAGCGGACAGCCGGAGGCCAAGACCAAAGCAUCAGACCGAUCUCCAGAUUUGGAUAAUUAUUCUGAAGAUGAUGAUGAUAGUUACUCUUCAGAGCAAGAAGGCAGUGAUGAUGCUGUUCAGGGUCAGGACCUUUAUGAUGAAGAUGAGGAGGUUCAACGAAAGCCCAAAAAAUCUCGAAGGAAAAUGAUAAGAACCACAUCUAUGACUCGGCAACCGAAUUUCAAACAGAAGUUUGUUGCUCUUCUGAAGAGAUUUAAAGUGUCUGAUGAGGUUUUGGACUCAGACCCAGUUGAUCAGACGCAGGAGGUUGAAGAUUUGGAUCUUCUGUAUGACAGUCUGGAGGUUUAUAACCAAAGUGACAGCGGCCCAGAGAUGGAGGACAAUGAGAGUUUACUCAGCACACCCAAACCCAAACUAAAGCCAUUUUUCGAGGGGAUGUCUCACUCCAGCUCACAGACAGAGAUCGGGAGUUUACACAGCCAGAAGAGUCAACCCAGAGAACAGCCUUCAACUGUUGGUGAUGUGUUAACAGUGGAUAAGAACAAAACCGCCGCUGCUCGAUAUUUGGAUGAGACCGCAUUGUUGGACUCUACAGCUGUGGAGCUGAUGGAGGAGGAGGCGGGCGGGGGAUCGGUCACGUGUGAUUCCAACAUGAGCUGGGAUGUGAACACAGAGAAAUUAACAGGAAGUGUUGGCAAACUCUGCAAGGCCGAAUCUCAGACUCUCAUGUCACCUAGUAAAGCUGACAGUAAAUCACAGCGUCGUCCACGCAGCACAUCAAUGAAGGACAGACAGAACUCAAAAGCUCAGAGCGAUCGAACCAACAGCAUCGAGAGCGAAACAUCACCCGACUCCAGACUCAUUACACAGGUGCCGAGAAAAUCUGUAUACGAUCAACUGAAUCAGAUCCUGAACUCUGAUGAACAUCUGCCAGAGAGCAUGAUCCUUAUCAACACUACAGACUGGCAGGGACAGUAUCUGAAUGAGAUUCUUCAGGAGCAUCAGCAGCCCGUUGUGUCCACCAUCUCACCUGCAGAUGUUCAGGGUGCGUUCAACACCAUUGUCACCAGGAUUCAGCGAUUCUGUAACUGUAAUGCACAGACGCCGCCAACAAUUAAGGUUGCUGUGGCGGGCGAUCAAAGUUACCUCAGCACCGUUCUUCGCUGUUUUGUGGAGCAGCUCGCCAACAAGACGCCUGAUUGGUUGAGUUAUAUCCGUUUCCUGGUCAUUCCUGUGGGUUGUCAUCCAUUGGCCAAGUACAUCUCAACAUUUGACAGUAAAUUCAAUAACAUCUUCAUGGACGCAGGCUGGAGGGAUGUGUUUGGGAGGUUGGAGGCACCGACUUCAGAUAAUAUUGAUGUUGCCGGACGUGUGUCACAGUAUCUCACCGGAGCAAAUCUCUCCCAUCAGUUCCCGAUUUCUGAGGCCAUGCUCACCUAUAAACAGAAAAGGAAGAGAAGUUUGUAUUUUGAUUUUUACAUCAGUCCUGAUGAAGACUCCUGUCAGAAGUUUGUCCCGUUCAUUGGGUUGGUGAAAGUGGGAAUUGUAGAACACAGCUUAUCUACAUCCGUGGAUUCUGAUGAUGUGAUGGUGGGAAGCGUGAACAUGCUGUCCUCACCUCCGGCCCAGACGGGGACCUCACACAGCAAAGACAUGACCUCUACACCUCCAUCAUCUCCUUCUGUCUCUGCCAGUCUCUCUACAGCAGGUUCUCCAGGCUCUGGGGGUGAGGUAAUGGGUCUUCAGGUGGACUACUGGACACUUCAGGGAUCAGAGAAGAAGAAAGAAGGUGACAAGAGAGAUGUGGGAAUUAAGAACACACUGAAGAGUAACUUCCGCUCACUGCAGGUGUCUAGAAUUCCAAGUGGAGGAGAACCGACACCUCCUCCCGGCAUGGCCAUGACUGUUGUCAUGAAGGAGAAAAACAAGAAAGUGAUUUUUCUAAGCAAGAAGCCGAAAGAGAAGGAUGUGGAUUCUAAGAGUCAGGUGAUCGACGCCAUUAGCCGACUCAUCUGCACCGCCAAACACCAGCACACUAUGCUGAAGGUUUCAAUUGAUGGCGUGGAGUGGCAUGACGUGAAGUUUUUCCAGCUAGCAGCACAGUGGCCGACGCACGUUAAGCACUUUCCAGUGGGAAUCUUCAGCUACAGCAAACCUGUGUGAACUGCCAUUCCAGAAGCCCCUCCUGCACACUAAACAUUACAAAUGAGGGAGUAAAACAGACUAAUGGAUUUUCCUGUGGAAAUUUGUCCUUGUUGUUGAUUUGGAAGCCUGUGUCAAAGUAUUGUUGCUCAUCAUUUUUGUUAAUCUGGCAGUAAAAACAAGCACUGUCUUUUAUUUUAUGGUAAGCAGUAAGUGUGUGGUAGGAACUGUACAGGCACGUACAGCUUCAGUCGCACUUUGCUUGAAUUAUAGUUCAUUAUUAUUAUUUCUGUGAAAUUUUCAGUGUCAGUAAUUGUUCUAUGUACAAUAUUAUAGAAUGGGAUUCAUGAAGUGAAGUCAAAUGAGUUUUUGUGCAACAGGUGUGUUUGUGUGUUGUACAGAAUUUUGCAAUGAGUGGGAGGGGUUAAUGCACAUGUGGGAGGAGUUACAUUUAUGUUGCAGAAUGAUUAUAUUGGAGCUGUGGAAAAAAGGCAAGUCUUUUUAUUUUUAAUAACAUGCACACUUUGUGAUAAAGAAAAUUGACUUGGAUUUACUAAUAGUUAAAGUGUCAUUAACUGGAUGAAUUGAGAAUGUGGGGGAUAAAACACAUGUCACAGUGUGUCAAUUUGAACAAACAGUUUGUGUGGGUACAAUCUAAUGGGAAAUCAGGUUGCGAGGUAACAUAGAUUUAUAUGAAAGUGAUAUAUGCUUUUAAAGGCCCUUUAAAUGGUUUUAGUCCCAUGUAUGUGGGUUUGUGUGUGUGUGCGCGCGAGAGAGUGUGAAUAGGGUUAGUACACUCACCUAAGGGAUUAUUAGGAACACCAUACUAAUACUGUGUUUGAGCCCCUUUCACUUUCAGAACUGCCUUAAUUCUACAUGCCAUUGAUCCAACAAGGUUCUUUAGAAAUGUUGACC